GAUAGCGUUAAAACAUAGACAAAUUAUCAAGUAUUUUUUUCCCUCAAAUUCCAUUUAUACAAAAUGAUUCGUGAAAUUGUAAUAUUUGUCUUUGCUGCAGUAAGCAUGGUUCAUGCGGCCCAUUUCAAAGUGACUUCACAAGUUAGCAUGGAUAUAUCCGUGGAUAACAAGCCCAUUGGAACUAUUACCAUCGGGCUGUUUGGAGAUGAUUCACCAAAAACUGUCGAAAAUUUCCGAACGAUUUGUAUCAAAGGCAUCAAUGGAAAAUCCUACAACGGCACAAAAUUCCAUCGCGUUAUCGACAAAUUCAUAAUUCAAGGUGGUGAUAUUGUAUCUGGUGAUGGUCGAGGCUCAUUGAGCAUUUAUGGCAAGCACUUUGAAGAUGAGAAUUUGACAGUUAGACACACCGGCCCAGGUUUUAUUGGAAUGGCCAAUAGCGGGCCCAAUAAGAAUGGCUGUCAAUUUUAUAUCACAACAAUGGAAUCGCCAUGGCUGAAUGGAAAGCAUACGAUUUUUGGAAAAGUCGUAAAUGGAGCGGCUUAUGUUCAUUUAAUUGAAAAAUUGGCAACAGAUGAAAACCGAAAACCACUGAAAGAUGCCGUUGUAAUUAGUUGCAGGGAUGAGCCAAUGUUCUCCUCAUACUAUUAUAUCAGCGAUAAUCCAUAUGAUUUGUAUGCCUGGAUAAGAGCGUCUGCGAUUCCAUUGGGUUUUAGUUUUGCUGUACUCGGAAUUUUCGCCGUAAUCAUCCGAAAGCUGGACAAUAUAUCAAAAGCAUGUGAAGAAGACGAAGAUGAUCAAAAGACCGAAUAA